AACCACUCAAAGCACGUCAAACAGCUGGCCUGCGUAGACGUAACCAUCCGAUUCAUGUGUGUUUAGUAUUAUUCAACUCGUAAAGUCAUUCAGUCCAGUUUUUCUAAUCAUUAUUUGAAACAUCCGAAGCUCCCUCGAUAAUUGAAAGCAAAUAGCCGAAAUGUCGCUCGAUUUGGACGAAUGUUACGAGCAUGUCCUCGGAUUGGUAGAACAAGCUGGACAGAUUAUCGCAUCGAGGAAUUAUGGAGAGAAAACGGUGGUGGAAAAGUCCAGCAACAUUGAUUUGUUAACCGAAACGGAUCAGCAAGUCGAGCGACUUCUGAUGGAUGGUAUAACUGAGAAAUAUCCCGAUCACAAGUUCAUUGGUGAGGAAGAAACUAGUGCUGGGAAGAAGGCAGAGCUGUCCGAUAACCCUACCUGGAUUAUCGAUCCAGUGGAUGGCACCAUGAAUUUCGUUCACAGUUUUCCCCAUUCAUGCAUUUCGAUUGCGUUGCUGGUCAAUAAGCAAGCCGAAAUUGGAAUCAUCUACAAUCCGAUGCUGAACCAGAAAUUUACGGCUCGCCGAGGCAAGGGCGCAUUCAUGAAUGAGAAAGCGAUUCGAGUUUCGGGAGAAACUCGACUGGAGCAUGCUUUGGCAACGACGGAAUUCGGCACUAGUCGUGACGAGGAAAGGACGGCUAUCGUUUUGGAGAACAUUGGGAAACUAAUUCGAGUUGUUCACGGGAUGCGAAGCUUGGGAUCUGCUGCCUUAAACAUGGCCAUGGUUGCCCUGGGUGGAGCUGAUUUCAACUAUGAGUGCGGUAUCCACGCAUGGGAUAUCGCUGCGGGGGAUUUGAUUGUCCGGGAAGCAGGCGGAGUCUGUCUGGAUCCAGCUGGAGGACCUCUGGAUCUGAUGUCUCGCCGGGUGCUGUGUGCCAGUUCGCAAGAGCUUGCGGAUAAAGUGGUUCCAUUGCUGACGCAGUAUUAUCCGCAGCCAAGAGACUAGGAAAAGUCCACAGAGUGAUGGAUAAUGAUUGUGCAAUCGUUUUUAUAUACGAAGACUAUGAACGUUCGGUUCAUGUGUUCAACUUUUAAAACCGUAUCUAUUGUAUCCGUGCUAUGACUGUUGUUACCUGCAUUGCAUUAUUGAUAAAAAUAGGUACAUGUAAUUAGAAAAAUGUAACUAGAAUCAUUUACAUAUAUUCCAUAGGCCAAAUAAAAGUCGACCAAUGUAAAAUUGA